UUUUGGGGCACCACAGACAGAACUAGAUAGAAGACCAGCUCAACAGAAGCCAUCAUAACCAAGAGCCUCAGGAGCCCAAAGAACAAUCCAGAGGAGCUUCAUCUGCCAGAGCUGUGCCCACCAGGCCUGUGGGCUGUGCUCUUCAGCAAGAUGUUUGUCACAAAUGCAAGCACCAGACAGCUAAAUGUCACCUGUACACAUUCAGUGGACAUGGAGGUCUUUCUCCAUUAUUCCCUCAUCCCAUCAUUUCUCAUCAUUUUGGUCUUAUCCUUCCUCCAAAGACAAGAGCACCGUAGAGAGAAAGAUGAUACCACUUACCUCCUGGGGAGCCACUUUGGAAUCAUCAUGCCUCUGGACUUCGUGGGAACUUUUAGUAACCGAUGGUCGUAUGGAGUUGCCUUUGGGGCCACAGCCAAUAAGGUCAUGUUCUUGUUCUCUGAAGGCUACCAGCCCCUGCAGGUCCCGCAGUGGACCCAAGCCUUCGUGCUUCUGAUUGGAGGUUUCGAAGUUGGCCUGUCCCACUUCCCCUUCUUUGCCUGCCUCUCCUCAGAGUUCCGCCUGGUCAGCUCCCUCCUCGGCUUCAGCUACUCCCUCCUCUGGUUUGCUGUCACUGUUCUUCAAAUCUCACAGUGUCCCCAUGGUCAGUUUGUGGGAAGGUAUGAGUCUCUGGUGUUCUACUGGCCAUCACUGUUGUGCCUGGCUUUCCUGCUGGGCCGCUUCCUGAACAUGUUUGUCAAGGCUCUGAGGGUACACCUGCGCUGGGCGCCCCAGGCGGAAGAGAAGCCUGUGUUUCUGGAAACCCACCAAGCCAAGCAUGUUAAGCAGCUGCUGAGGAAGCCCAGGCCACAAGAAGGAGAAAAGUCUUGGUUUCAAACCAGGGUAUAUGAAUGGGACCCCUGCUUCCUGUUCCCAAGCAGAAUGAUUGGAACCAUUGUGUUGGCUUUCAUCUGCCUGUACCUUUUCAUUGUCAUUGAGUUCUGCAUGUUUGUGUAUGUGAGAAACAAGCUGGAUGUGUUUGAAAGCAACCUGGAGAACUACGUCACUUAUGUGAACCACACGGGGAUCCUGACUCCAUUCAUCCUGCAGGUGCAAGAGCUGAUCAGUGUCUCCAAAGGAGUCUGGGUGGCAACCAUUUUGCCUGCCUCGCUCACGUGUGUGAGCUAUCUGUUCCAUAUUCUGGCCUGUUAUAGAAAGCACAUAAAGAGACUGUGGGCAGGAGAUAAACACUUUCUCCCUUUGAAGUUCCAUGAUCCUUCCCCCUCUGAGAGUGUGGCAGCCAUUGCAAAGUACUCUGGCUGGCAGAUAGCCUACAUUCUGUGGGGCUACCUCAUCAUCCAUGUGAUGCAGAGCCUGUGUGGCAUGAUGAUGAUGUAUGGCCUGGUGCUGCCCAUCACCCACCACCGGGGCCUGGAGAUGCUGCAAGGCCUGGGCCUGGGGAUCCUCACCAUUUCCAUUGUCAUGGGCCUUAUGAUCCUGCAGGUGUGGAUUGCUGCCAGCUUCUUCCUGCAGCCCAAGCUGGGCACAGCUGACAAGCAAAAGCCCUUGGCUCUUAACAACAGGAAAGCCUUCCACAACUUCAACUACUUCCUGUUUUUCUACAAUGUUCUGCUCGGCCUGGGCGCUUGCCUCUCUAGGCUGCUCAUCAGUUGCAUCCUGGGCACAUGGCUGAUUGCACGCAUUGACAGGACCAUCAUGCAGAGCGGCUAUGAGAGAGCAGACAUGGGGUUCAGUGCUUGGGUCGGCAUGCUUUAUAUGGACCAUUACCACACCAACCCUGUGCUCGUCAGCUUUUGCCACAUCCUGAUCACAGGACACAAAGAGAGGAAGCUGCAGAAGACCACCCAAUACUGGUGCCAAUCAGCAGGUCCUCACAUCUCAGCUAGGUCCAGGACAAGGUGGCUCCUGCUGCAGACCCUGAUAAACAACCCCAGACUCAUCAUACUCAGAAAAUCAAAAUCAGUGCAUCGUUCCCGGGAGUUCACUCAGAUUCUGCUGACGUGCUCAGAUUGCUGACACUGGCCACCAACAACUACUCUAAGGCCAGACCCAGUCACCUGCUCCCAAGAGAAGACUAAGUCUAACUAGCUGCUGUUCUCUGCUGUGGGAUAAGAUGGCACAGGCUCUGUCCACCUACAUGGAAAAUAGUGUGAGCAACUUGUGGGAUGGUCACUAAGUCUGAAGGCUGCAGUCUCAAGACUGUUUCACUUCUUGAGCAAAAAAAAAAAAGAGAGAAAAAGAUUAAAAAACUAAAGAAAUGUCCGGUGAACAAACUUUGCCCAUUGUUGACUUCCACUGCCCAUUGAGGGUAGACAGCUUGCGAGUUGCCUGUGAAGAAACACUAAAUUUAAUUCCAAGUCAGGAUUUUUGUCACUGAAGAAAGUUGUAAAAUGUCUACAUCAAGAGACCUCCCUCUUUCUUUCUCAAACAGCAUAGCUCUCAAUCCAACAAGGUUCUCAUUGCUUCCUUUUUCCAGGCUUUAUGGUGGGUGAGAGAGAAAGAAAUCCAUGGUCCUAGCCCCUAAUCUUGGAGGGUAAGUAGGCAUACAAUGAGUUCUCUGUCCCAUGGCCACUGGGGUGAGGAGUAGAUCAGAGUUUACCUGGGCCUUGCUUACAAAGAAGAUGCUUAAAUUCUCUAUGAGAAGUGUGGGGUCACCUAGGAAAUCCACCUGUCCAUGGAAGCAGAUAUGAGGUGGACAGGCAUUCCAGGUAGGUGACAAUAAGACCAAAGUUGUCUGGGCAUGCAAGCCCAAGGAUGUUUGACAGUGGUGAGCCAUGUAUCAUGUGAGGGUGCAGGGUGUUGGUUAGGACCGUUCCAAGGAUGCCCAAAUGGGCAAGGGCCACGAGGACCAUAUAACAUGGCAGAGAAAAACUCCCAUCCACCUCAUAAUUCCCAAAGCAAUUGUAGGUUGGUAAUCAUUAAGUAGCUAAUGUAAAUUCAAUCCUGUUGAUGGAUGUGUUUGCCAGAUUGUCUCUUUUUGUGUAAUCUCUACAACCAAGCUCUGUCGAUAUGCUUUUAGAAACUGAGAAAACUAAGAUCCCCAUGCCAGUAUUUUGUAGUUGUGUGACACUGACCAAAUUAUUUUACCUUUCUCCAUUCUCUUCUUUAACUGUAAAAAGACAGUAGCACCAUCUGAUGCCAAAACUAUUUUGAAGAUAAAAUGAGUUAAUACAUAUAAACACUCUUAAGCUAGUAUCUGACAUCAUAAACUCUUGAAGGUAGUAAAGAUUUGACUUUUGAUGUUGCUAUGAUUUGAAUAUGAGCAGUAUUGCCCAAAAGUCCAUGUGGUAAAGUUUUAGUUUCCAGGUUAGCACUACUAGAAGGUGGUGGAACCUUUAGGAGAGGAUCUAAUGGGAGGUCCUUACGUCAUUGGGUGUAUGUCCUGAAACGGGGAUUGUGGGAUCUCAGUCUCUUCAUCUCUCUGUUUCCUGGCGAAUGUGCUAUGUGCUUCCACCAUGGGGUACUGCCUCAUUAGAGACCCAAAGGGCCUCCCCAUGGGUCACUUUGACUUGAGCUGGAACCUCCAAACCCACGAGUCAAAAUAAACCUUUUCUCUUUGUAAGUUAAUUACCUCUGUAUUUUAUUAGAGUAGCAGGAAGCUGACCAAAACAGAUGUUAUUUCACAGGAAGAUAUCCAAAUGGCCAACAAGAAUAAGAAAGGUACUCCCAUAGUUACUCAUCAGAAUAUGAAAAUUAAAAUGUUAAUUCACUGCAUAAUGGCUAAAAUUAAAACUGGUGACAAUAUCAAGUGUUGGUGAGGAUGAAGAGCAACAGGAACUCCGGUAUGCUGUGAUAUGUAUAAAUUCUUAACACUACUUUCAGAAAUUCCUUGGUAGUUUCUUCUAAAGGUAGACAUGCACUUUAUGACUCAACAAUUCUAGUCUUAAGUAAAUCCCCAGGAGAGAUGCUAAUAUAGGUCCACCAUGCAAAAGAAUGUAGGAAAUAGCAUUAUUACUGGUAUGCUCUCAAUCUGAAAACACUCAAUAUACACUAAUAGUAGAAAGGGUAAAUAAAAUGGAUUAUAUUAUUCAUAAGUGAAUACUAUAUU